AUGUGUAUAUAUAUAUAUAGGUCACAUGUGCGUAAAAGAUCUGAACAGAGCACGCAAACAGAUCAUCCUUUCGCAGGUCUGGCGCCGACGAGCGCACUUCACAGGCCCCCGGCCACCCUGUCGCGAGCCUUUGGAGCAUCCGGCUGGGCCUCACCAGGCCAUGGGAUGUACGGAGAGCCUGGUCCAGAUCCCACGAGUGGGCGGCGGAAGUGGCAUGCCAUGGACGGGGACUACAACAAGGAGAAAGAAUAUCCGCCGCUUGGAGCACACAACACCAAAGAGUACGACGAGCAGUAUGGGCGCUGGUGGUUUGAGAGAAAGGAGGAGUGGCGCCCGAAGCUGUACACCACCAUUGGAAGCCAUGCACGCAGCCCCAGACUCAAGCGGACGAUCCUGAGGAAGUGCUACAACACUCCCAACUUUCGCGCAUUGAAGAUGGACGUGUAUCGCAAGCGAUGGCCCAAGACUCGCGGACUGAACUUCCGCUUCUUCGCGGAGUUCUGUCAGAAGGAGUUCAAGAAGCGCACUUUGCUGGAGACGGCUCACACCUUGCCUUUGUUCGGCGCCGGCUGCAAGUUCUGGAGGGCACCGGACGCCGAGCACCCGGACACCAAAGGGCAGUACUUCCUGGCAGAGUCCGUGGAGUACCGUUUGAGACCCAUCCGAGGUGACAUUCGAGGCACGCAGUAUGUUUUCGGCCGACCCAUACGGGAUGGCAUCGCACCCAUUGCGAAGUCGCUCGGGUCUUGGCGAUACGAGUUCCCCGCAAAUGCGCACCCUGCCGUCUACAGACCGCCGUUUCCACCGAUGAAGGGCAGCAAAGAGGAGUCCGGGGACGCUGAGGCUGAAUGA